UGUGUUGUGUUCAUUUGUUUUGUUUUGCUUUGCUUCCUGGCGAGUGGUGAAGGCCGGUGACCGUUGGGACGGCGCUGGUGGUGGUAAUCGAUAGUGCGGUGGGAGCGGCGAAGAUUUUCGGUCAGACAUGUUGUGGCGACGGAGGCAGGAAGCUCGGGCGGGUUGAUCAAAUCUCCACAUGCCGACAACACUCUGCAGUCAGCAGAAAGAUGUCCUAAUAUGGGUUGGUCAUGCGUUGUGGCAUGCGCUGUGGCCUCCUUCCUCAUGCUCAACACAGUCUCGGCUCUCACAUCCGACAUAUUCGCAGCGGGAAAGUCGGACAAAGAGAUAUUGGACAACCUUUUGAAAAAUUCCCGCUAUGACAAAAGACUGCUUCCACCAGUAGAUGAUCCAGAAUUCUGUUGUGGUCUAACAUCGCCUAACGACUCUCUGGCUCAAAAUAAGGUCGGAUAUUCUUCGCUCCGGCCUCGGUCGCACAAUCGCGGUGUCCUCACCGUAAAUGUUAGCGUGCUACUUCUUAGUUUAGCAUCUCCAGACGAAUCUAGUCUUAAAUACGAAGUGGAGUUCUUGCUUCAACAACAGUGGUAUGAUCCACGACUACGGUAUUCUAAUCAGUCUCAUUACGACUUCUUAAACGCCAUCCAUCACCACGAAGAUAUCUGGCUGCCUGACACAUACUUCAUUAUGCAUGGAGAUUUCAAGGACCCUAUAAUCCCGAUGCACUUCGCGUUACGCAUAUACCGUAAUGGCACCAUCAAUUACCUGAUGCGGAGGCAUCUCAUACUUUCCUGCCAAGGAAGACUUAACAUAUUUCCUUUUGAUGACCCAUUGUGUUCAUUUGCCUUAGAGAGUAUAUCGUACGAACAAUCUGCAAUCACUUAUGUAUGGAAGAAUGACGAGGAUACCCUGCGCAAGUCUCCUUCAUUGACUACAUUGAACGCGUAUCUCAUACAGAAUCAAACCAUCCCCUGUCCUAUCAAGGCUAGUUGGAGAGCUGAUGGUAUUUCACUUUAUGAAGACGAUGAAGAGCUGACAUGUAAUCUUUGCCAGAGACGCUUUGAGGAGCAAGGAAACUACAGCUGCCUAAAAGUCGACCUAAUAUUUACUAGAGACAGAGCGUUCUACUUUACUACAGUAUUUAUCCCUGGAAUUAUUCUGGUGACUUCCUCAUUCAUCACCUUUUGGCUGGAAUGGAACGCCGUGCCAGCCCGUUCCAUGAUAGGUAAUUACAGCUGCCUGAAAGUGGAUCUCAUCUUCACGCGGGAUAGAUCAUUUUACUUCACCACAGUUUUCAUACCGGGCAUCAUUUUGGUGACAUCAUCUUUUAUUACUUUUUGGCUGGAAUGGAAUGCAGUGCCUGCUAGAGUAAUGAUAGGUGUAACAACAAUGUUGAAUUUUUUCACAACAUCAAAUGGUUUCCGUUCAACUUUACCGGUGGUCUCAAACUUGACCGCUAUGAACGUUUGGGACGGCGUCUGCAUGUGCUUCAUCUACGCAUCACUGCUGGAGUUCGUAUGUGUCAAUUACGUCGGUAGAAAGCGGCCUCUACACAACGUGGUCUAUCGACCCGGAGAAAACCCUGUUACACAGCGUCUGCCCGCUGUCCUGAGCAGAAUUGGCAUUAUACUGGCCAGCCCCUUGGAGGCGAUGGCAUUCCUCCAUUGGGCAAAGUCAGAGACGCCCCAACCGGAGCCAAGUGGUGCUGGUGAUAAAAAACGGGACUCGACAGGCGCUGCGGACUUAGUCACGUGUACAGCGUGUACUGGUGCGCCUGGUCCAUGUACGCAUACAACCAAUAAUGGAGGCGUGUCAGAGCCAUGUUUCGUCCAGGUUCGCAAAAAAGAACCCCCGCACCCGAUCCGAGUGGCGAAGACAAUCGACGUGAUAGCUCGCAUCACCUUUCCUACUGCCUACGCUGUCUUUCUCAUCUUCUUCUUCAUCCACUACAAGGCGUUCUCUUAA